UGCUGGGGACCAAGGGCUGACCACUGCCCCGGGAGGCAGAUGAAGACCCUGAGAGCUGAGGUCUCAGUGGGGCUGGAGGGCAGAGGGGAACAGGUCUGUGAGGACCCCGGCGAGGCAGGUAGUCAGGCAGUGUUGACCGGCACAGACCAGGAGAACCUUCUGUGAUGAUGGAAAAGAUUCCUACCUGCACUGUCAACAGCCACGUGUGGCUUUUCACAAUGGAAUGUGGCCAGUGUGGCCGAGAAACGGGAAUUUUUAUUUUGUUGAAUUUUAAUGCAUUUACAGUUACAUCCCACGCACACCACAGGUUGGACCCAUGCUGCGUUGGACCGUGCUGGUAUAGACCAAGCACAGAAGUCUCCUUGGAGGGGUCAGGAUGGGAGCUGAAGGCAGGGGAGGCCUGAGAGGGAGCGGGGGGACCUGGAGGGAGAAGGGUCCAGGGCUGCUUUCAACAGGAGAUGUGAUCUGAUCGCUGUUCUAGAAAGAUCUCUGUGGGGACAGGAUCGUCCUUGUUCCCAUCCCACUAGUCAGUGUGGUGGGAGGGUGGGCCCAUGGCCCACCCAGAGCACAGCCGCCCCCACCCCAUCAGUGCCCAGGUUAUGACUGCAGACAACCGGUGGGGCCGGGGGGUGCUGCAAGGCAGCAUAGGUGGAGUCGGGGCCCUGGCUUCUUGCUAACACAGGAUCUCGGGCCCCCACUGUGUGUCCUGUAUGUGGUGACCAGGAGAUGUCCCCGCCCCUCCCGCGGUGACUCUUCAGUGCCUGAGGUAGAUGAGUUGCAGAGUGACGGUGUUACCACUGGAGGAUGGCGAAGCGGCAGAGGCUGGGGGAGCCUCUCCUUCCUUGUUCCUCCCUCGUCCCUUCUUGCUGACACCCUGAGACACUCUGGGGCUCCACGUGCGAGUUAAUCCUGGGCCCAGAAAUUCCCGCCCUGAGGGCAGGGGACACACUGGGACAGCAGCCACCAGGGCACAGAGAGCACAGUUAUCUCAGACAGGGGCUCCUGUGUAGCCUGAUGGGGGGCCCCGUGGACUAUCCUCCAUCUCGUGUGGAGGCUGUGAUUUGCUGAUGGGCUGUGAGGGGAGCAAGGGAGCCCCACGUGACUCUGGGGGACCCCUAGGGCCUUUGGCCAAGCUGGGAGGCCCUUGAGGGGAGGGGAAGAACAGGCACAGAGAGUGGAGUGUCUGUGUGACACUGGAGGGGUCUGCCCCCACCUCCAACCCGCCUGUGUCCCCGGACCCCAGCCCCACCUCCCUCCCCAUGACCUCAGACCCUAUGGUCACUGCCCGUGGAAGGUUGUGAGUUGGGGGCCGCCCACAACAGGUGUCGUGGGUGUUUGCCACUGAAACGUUGACAGAGGUUGGGUGUGGGUCAGGGUGGGGCGCAGAGUGCUCAGCAUCCCCCCGGCUCUCUGCGGUCACCGACUUGCUGUCCCCAUUCCAGGUGGUUUCACCCCAACAUUGGCGGGGUCGAGGCGGAGCAGCUGCUCCUGUCCCGGGGCCAGCACGGGAGCUUCCUGGCCAGACCCAGCAGGAGCUGUCCCGGGGGCUUCACACUGUCUGUCAGGUGGGUGGUGCCAUGGCCAGGCGUGGACAGUCUGCGGUCCCAGGAGGCCUCAAAGGGUCUGAGCACCCUCAGCUGCAGGCGCAGGUGGGGAUCAGGCUCCCCAGUCCUCCCAGAGGGGUGGUGGGCAGCAUCCUGGGCAGCGAGGACCCUGCUGGCAGCUGGAUGCCCAGAGUCUGGUUUUUGUGGGGGUGGGAGUCCAGCAUUCCAGGCCAGGUGGCCCUGGGCUUCAGGAGGGCUCUGUGAGGUGGGGUGUAGGCAGGACCUCUGAGGGGUCUGGUGGGGCGGGCAGGGGACCUCAACGGCUGUGAUUGUGCUCCUGUCUCCUGGGGAUGCUGCACACUGCUGCCCACUGGGGAUCUGGCCAGGGCCCACAGAAGGGCCAUUGUGUGGGAAGGAGGGGCAGGGAGGGGCUGCAGCCAGCAUAGUGGACAGCUGGACCUAUGUCUGCCCUGGAUGGGGAGGUGUCAAUCUGUGAGGAGCAGUGGUGGUCUGGGCAAGGGGCUUCCAGAGGGCUCUAGAUUUUCCCAGGUUCUCUGCUAAACCCAAGGCAGCAGGUGGGGCUGAGGUUAGCCUCAGGAUGGACUUCCCUCACCUUGGGGCUUUCAGGCCACACUGUGUGCCUGGGGGAAGCUCUCUUGGGGGCCCUGUUCCAGUAGUCCGGAGCCCCUGGACAGGUGGUCUGGGGUGAGGCAGAGCCCGUCAUGGAGGGCGGCCCUAGCCUCCGCCUCCAGGCCAAGGGAGAGUCAGGCGUAUGGCCUGCAAGGCCAGUGCUGGCUGCCCAAGGGGCAGUGUGGGUGGGUACCCACCACCCAGGUGGGGCCCGCCCCUUGGCUGGACCUGGAGCUGCUGUGGGAGGGCCUGGCCUUGGCGCUGUUCCUGGCGUGGGAUCCGCAGAGGUGGAGACCUCAGGGCAGGGAAAGCCCAGGGACUGUUCCGGAAGCUGAGGAUGGUGAUGGGAAGAGGCGGCUGGUGGGAGCAGGGCCCCAACGCCAGCUGGCGCACCGCCCUCCCAGGCGCCACGACGAGGUGACCCACAUUAAGAUCCAGAACACGGGUGACUACUAUGACCUGUAUGGAGGGGAGAAGUUCGCGACGCUGGCAGAGCUGGUGCAGCACUACAUGGACCAGCGCGGGGGACUGCUCCGCGAGCGCAGCGGGGCCCCCGUCGAGCUGCGACACCCGCUGAGCUGCCAGGACCCCACGACCGAACGGUGAGCGGCUGGCGUCCACGUCUGGCCGGUGUCUAUUUGUCUGUCGGCGUAUGUGCACGUGUCCGCGGGGGCGGGGCCUGCGACGUGUCACGGCCCCCCGGCUCAGGGUCGGGACUGGGCAGAGCUGCGGCACAGCUGAGGGGACUUGCACCCCUCCCCUGGGUUCUGGGCCUCGUUUUUUCCAGGUCCUGGCACCGCAGGGGUGGGAGUGGGGCAGGAACCCUGCGGGCAGUCUCACCCCUGCCCUCCCGGGCUGGUGACCUGGGGUGAACAGGCUCCUCCAGCCUCGGUUUCCCCCUCAGCACCUGAGAGAAGCGGGUGGGCUGGUCUGGGGAGGCGGUUCUGCCCUCCUUGCGAGGACCAUGCUGCCACCUGGUGGCCGCCCCAGCCACGCAGAGCCCGCCUGUCCCGCCUCCUGCGGGCUCUUGGGUCGUUGAAGGUCAGAGAGGUGGGCAGGGCAGACCAGGCCAGCGGGGUGAGGGUGCUGCCUGGGCCCCCGAGUCUGGGUGGUACCAUGGGCACCUGUCUGGCAAGGAGGCUGAGAAGCUGCUGAUGGAGAAGGGACGUCCAGGCAGCUUCCUGGUGCGGGAGAGUCAGAGCAAGCCUGGGGACUUUGUGCUGUCGGUGCUCACACAGCAGCCGGACAAGGCUGACCGCCGGCCUCGGGUCACUCACAUCAUGAUUCACUUCCAGCCAGACGGGAAGUUCGACGUGGGGGGUGGGGAGCAGUUCCACACUCUUGGAGACCUGGUCGAGCGCUACAGGAAGAAUCCCAUGGUGGAGAAGUCGGGGGCCGUGGUGCAUCUCAAGCAGCCCCUCAAGGCCACGAGGAUCAGUGCCGCAAGCAUCGAGAACCGCGUGCAGGAGCUCAGCAAGACUACAGAAGCCACCGAGAAGGCCAAGCAGGGCUUCUGGGAGGAGUUUGAGAUGCUGCAGCAGCAGGAAUGCCGGCUCCUGUUUCCCCGGAAGGAGGGACAGCGGCCAGAGAACAAGCCCAAGAAUCGCUACAAGAACAUCCUCCCCUUUGACACCACCCGUGUUGCCCUGCAUGACGUGGACCGCAGCGUCCCUGGAGCUGACUACAUCAACGCCAACUACAUCAGGAGUGACCCAGAGGAGAAGCCAGGCCAUGGACUGGGCAAGGUGUACAUCGCUACCCAGGGGUGUCUGCAGACCACAGUGGCUGCCUUCUGGGCCAUGGUGCACCAGGAGAACACACGGGUCAUCGUCAUGACCACCAGGGAGGUGGAACGAGGCCGGAACAAGUGUUUCCGAUACUGGCCCCAGCUACAUGACAGCCAAGAGUAUGGCCGUGUGUGUGUGUGCAGUAUGGCUGAGUACCAGGCCCAGGGCUACUGUGUGCGGGAGUUGCAGGUGUGGCGGCCAGACCAGGAAGAGCCGCCGCGCGCGGUGAAGCACUACCAGUACUUCAGCUGGCCGGACCACGGGGUCCCGGCCGAGCCCGCCGGCGUCCUUGGCUUCCUGGACGAGGUGAACCGGGCCCAGAGCAGCAUGCCGGGGGCCGGACCCAUGGUGGUGCACUGCAGGUGCGGCCGGGGCGGGGCCACGCGAGGCCGUGCCUCGAGAGGGUGGGCCUCCGGGCAGGCCUGGGCCUCGUCCAGUGCACUCGCCACAGGCCUCCUGGUCCGUCCCCACAGCGCCGGCAUCGGACGCACAGGCACCAUCAUCGUGAUUGACAUCCUGGUGGACGUCAUCCGCAGGCAAGCGCGCCCGGCCGGAGGAGCCCGACUACCUGAACGUGGGCUCCGCGCCCGCCGACCCCCACCGCAGCCCGGUACCGGCGCCGAUCCGGGCGCCCGCCACGUGAGUGGGGCGUCGGAGGGCGGGACCGGCCCGGGGCCGGGAGCAGCGGGGCGCGGCCCGCCGAUGGAGGGCGCGCCCGGGGUGGGGAGCGCGUGGCCUGGGGCGCGGGGGCGCGGCCUAGAAGUCGGGGGUGCGGCCGCGACACCGCGCGUGCGCGUCCCCGAACCCCGUGUCCACCCUCAGGACCCCCGAGCCCUCCGGCGGCGUGUACGAGAACCUGCCCGGCCUCGGGCGGUGAGGGCCCCGCGCCCCGGCAGGGCUGGAGCCGCGCGAGGAGGGAGCGUCCAGCAAGGCCGGCCCUCGCGUUCCUCGCAAGGACUGUCUUAAGACAGUUCUGACCGGAGCUCGUCCCGGAGUCGCCGCUCUGACACUCUCGACCAGGCCUGGACGCCUAGAGAUGAGGGCGGGGUGCAGUCUCGAGACCCGGGUGUCCCUGCUGCUCCUGGGGCUCCCAGGUGAGGGUACAGGAGGGCAGGCAGGGCUGUCGCUGUCUCUCUGUGGGAGGCCACCAAUGACUACCUGCACAAUGCAGUGACCACGUGUGACCUUAUGUGUGCUACGAGGCUGAAUGACCAGCAAGCAGGUGGCCAGUCUGCGCUUGACCUCACUGCAGCCGCCAGUGCUUGUGCUUGGCUCCCCUGCAUCCUGUGCACACCCCCUUCAGAGCUGCUCCUCAGCGCUGCCCACAGGUCUGCGAUGUGGUCCAGGCAGUGGCUCAGUCAUUGCCAUGUCCAGGCCAGGCCCAUGCCUUCUCAUUGCUGUCACAUGAGGUUAAAUGCUUUUGGAAUGAGGGAAUUUGUGAGAUGCUCAUGUGACUGUGUGUACAGCCUCACGUUGGUCUUGCCGGUAACAAGGGUGAGGCUCCAUGUGUGCAUGACUGGUGUGUGAUGGGUGUGAUGUCACUGGCACGUGCUCCAUGGUCACACCCCACCAUCACGGUGGCCCUGUGGCUUUGUGGUGUUCUAAGUAAAAUACCCUGUUCUCA